AUAGUCAUGAUGAUGUCAUCCACAUGCUGGUGGUACAGCGGGGCCGAUGUUAAUACGUUAAGUGAUGAAGGCAUGUCUGCUCUGGCUGUCUGUCAUGUCCUCUACUACCCACUUCAGUCUUUACAUGAGACGCUGGCUGAGCGAGUGACACAGAAUAUCAGCCCAGAGCCACAGAUCAAGCCUUUGGAAGCCAUCUCCCAUGAAUCCUCUCCAGAUCCAAUGACAGGAACACCCAAAGAUGAAAGUGGCCAAGAGACAUUUGAGACACCAAGAGAAAUCAACCGAAUUGACCAAAGUCUUGAACCAGAGAACCUCAAUAACUUGGAGAAACUUGAAGCUCAAGAGCAAAUAAAUGAGGACAUAAAUGAAGAUGAGAUACUGUACUUCUUCAGCCUCGGAGGAACCUCAACUUCAUCAAAUCAAUCAAAAUACAGACCCAAACAAGGAAGUAGUUGUUCAACUUGAACAUGAAGAAGACAAACCAGCAGAAGAACCAUAUGUUAUAAUGUCAAGAUCUAUUCAAGUUUUUGAUGAUAAAAUUCCAGUGGGUUCUGUAUCGUGCCAAGAGAAGGAAGCAAAGACAGUCGUUAACUCUGAGGAAGAGUUGACAAAUCUGGAGAUCGAUGAAAACCUGGAAAGGAACAUUAGAUCAGCUGUACCUACUUUUGAUUCUGUAUGUUCUAUGGCUAGUUUUCAUAUUCACGUCACAGAGGAGAUCCUGCAGAAGAGUGCUGAUAUUCUGUGCCAGACAGGAACAGUGACUUCGACAGACACCCAGGAGACAGUCCGGAUAAUUGCACUUCUUAAGACAGCGUUAGUAGAUUUAUUUGAAUCUCAAAAAUAUAUCUGGGUCAUAUAGAAUUUUUAUUGUUGAUACCAAUACUAC